AUGGCACUGACAGUGGAUGUGGUGGGGCCGGCGCCCUGGGGCUUCCGAAUCUCUGGGGGCAGGGACUUCCACACGCCUAUCGUGGUGACCAAGGUAACUGAGCGGGGCAAGGCCGAGGCUGCUGACCUCCGGCCUGGAGACAUUAUUGUGUCCAUCAAUGGUGAGACUGCAAAGGACAUGCUUCACGCUGAGGCCCAGAGCAAGAUUCGCCAGAGCCCCUCACCCCUGAGGCUGCAGCUGGACCGGCCCCAGGCUGCCUCUCCCGGGCAGACCAACGGGGAAAGCUCCCCAGAAGUGCUGGCCACUCGCUUCCAGAGCUCCAGGAGGACACACACUGACAGCCAGGCCUCCCUCAUCCCCCAGCCAUGCAGCCCCUUCUUCAGCCUGCCCCCGGCCAGCCCCCAGGCACCUGCUGGAGAGGUGGUGACCAGCCACAGUUUCCAGAGCCUGGCGUACUCCCUGGAACCUGCUUCUGCUGACCACUUGUACUAUGGGGGCUGCCCUGGAAGCCGACAGGCCGGCCUCAGCCCUGCUGGCGACUCGGCGGUGCUGGUACUGCCGCCACCGCCCUCCCCAGGUCGCCGUUCCUCCAGCCCCAGGCUCAGUGCGGCCUCAGAAGGGGAAAGCCACGUCCUCAGAGAGGACUCAGAAGUCUUCAAGAUGCUGCAGGAGAACCGCGAGGCACGCGUGGCCCCCCGGCAGUCCAGCUCCUUCCGGCUCCUGCAGGAAGCCCUAGAAGCUGAGGAGAGAGGUGGAACACCUGCCUACCUGCCUAGCUCGCUGAGUCCGCAGUCCUCCCUGCCCACCUCCAGGGCUCUGGCCACCCCACCCAAGCUCCACACGUGUGAGAAGUGCAACACCAGCAUCGCGAACCAGGCCGUCCGCAUCCAAGAGGGGCGGUACCGCCAUGCUGGCUGCUACACCUGUGCUGACUGCGGGCUGAACCUGAAGAUGCGAGGGCACUUCUGGGUGGGGGACGAGCUGUACUGCGAGAAGCAUGCCCGCCAGCGCUACUCUGCGCCCCCCACCCUCAAUCCCCAGGCCUGA